AGGUAGUGAUAUCAGUUAUUAUAUAUUAUAUAAAUCUUCAAUCAUCAUAUCUUCAUUGAAGAGAAAAUAAUGGGUGAGACAGACAGUAGUAGCAAAAGCAACAGGUGGUCUUUGCAAGGAAUGACAGCACUGGUCACCGGUGGAUCCAAAGGAAUCGGAUAUGCUAUUGUAAAGGAGUUGGCAGAGCUUGGGGCCACUGUACACACUUGUUCUCGGAACCAAACUGAACUCAAUGAAUCCUUGAACGAAUGGACCACAAAAGGAUACAGAGUAACCGGUUCGGUCUGUGACAUCACCUCUCGUGUUAACAGAGAAGAGCUGAUAGCUACUGUCUCCUCUCAGUUCAAUGGAAAACUCAAUAUCCUUGUAAACAACGUGGGAACAAACAUACCGAAACAAACCCUGGAUUUAACAGCGGAAGAUUUCNCAUUNCUGAUGAAUACGAAUCUUGAAUCUUGUUUCCACUUAAGCCAGCUUGCACAUCCUCUCCUAAAAGCUUCAGAAGCUGCAAGUAUCAUUUUCAUGUCCUCCGUUGCUGGUGUUGUAGCUACAAACUUAGUAUCCGUUAUGUAUAGUGCAACAAAAGGUGCAAUAAACCAAGUGACAAAAAAUCUGGCAUGUGAAUGGGCGAAAGACAACAUAAGGACUAAUUGUGUUGCACCAGGGCCAAUUAAAACCCCUCUUGGGGAUAAGGUCUUUAAAGAGGAAAAAGUUCAGCGUUGUCUCAUUUCUAGAAUCCCUCUGGAACGGAUUGGAGAGGCAGAGGAGGUGUCUUCGUUGGUGGCCUUUCUGUGCUUGCCUGCAGCUUCUUACAUCACAGGACAGACCAUUUAUAUUGAUGGUUUGGGAGAGGGUGCAUGUUCCGUGUGUUGUGUUGCGUGAGCUCUUCUUUCAACGCGUGCAGGGUGUCAAUCGGCGCGGCGCUGUUUUGGUGGUCUUGUGGGCUUAAUGGAUUCAUUUCUCAAACCGCUCUGGGACGA